CGCCAAACAAAGAUAUAUGGGGUUCUUCACAAUGCUCUGGGCAACACUAUGCCUCCCAUUCUUGUUCCUCUGUCUUAAAACAGCCUUCUCAUCCUCUUUACAUGCUUCUUCCUUCUCAACAACACAUCUCUGCUCUCAGGAGGAGGCUGCUGCUUUGUUGCAAUUCAAGACUUCCUUUUCCAUCAAUUCAACUGUUUAUAAUCCUUCUUUAUGUGAGAUUGUUUAUGAUAUUAAAGCAAAUUAUUCUAAGACUGAGUCUUGGAAGGAAGGUAUCGACUGCUGUUCCUGGGAUGGGGUUAGCUGUGAUAAUGUCACAGGUCAUGUAAUCAACCUUGAUCUCAGCUGCAAUCUCCUUUCUGGUACCUUUCCUUCCAACAGCACUCUUUUUCUCCUCAAAAACCUGCAGAGCCUCAAUCUUGCCUUCAAUGAUUUUAGGCUUUCCAAGAUUCCACCAGAAAUCAGUCAGUUUACUAGACUAAAGCAUCUUGAUAUCUCUUCUUCUCAGUUUUCAGGCCAAGUUCCAGUAGAAAUUGCUCACCUCCCCAAGUUAGUUUCUCUCAAUCUCUCUAAUUUGUUCACUUUUGAUUCUAAUUUUUUCGAUUUGGAUUCUUCUCAUAAGUUGAUCCUUGAAACAACUACCUUGAGAAAUCUUGUUCAGAAUUUAAGUGAGGUGAGAGAACUUGUGCUUUGUGGAGUGAACAUGGGAUCUGUUAAUCCUUGUUUCUUCAUGAAUCUCUCUUCUUCUUUGACUACUCUUUAUCUUUUGAAUACUGUGUUAAGAGGAAACUUUCCAAACAGUAUUCUCCGCUUUCCAAACCUCAAGACAUUUGGUUUAAGUGGAAAUGAAAACCUCACUAUUGAUCUUCCAAGUUCCAAUUGGAGCAGUCCUCUCCAACAUUUGAAUUUAAGCCCUAUGGACUGUGGAGGGCGAUUGCCAGAGUCUAUAGGAGAUCUAAAGUCAUUACAGUAUCUAAGUCUUAGCUGCAACUUGGAAGGUUCCAUUCCAGCUUCCAUAGAUGCAAGUAGGUUUUGGAAACUAUGGUAUCUAGACUUAUCUUAUAACUUACUUAAUGGCACGAUGCCACCUUGGAUUUUCACCCUACCUUUGUUAGAGAUCUUGCGACUCAAUCAUAACCAACUUGAAGGUCAAAUAAAUCAAUUCCAGCAAAACUCACUUGAAGAACUGAAUUUGUCAAACAAUAGACUCCAGGGCUCAAUUCCUAACUCAAUUUCUAAUUUAGUAAAUCUUAGUUAUCUCGAUUUGUCAUCAAAUCAUUUUUGUGAUUUACUAGUAUCUGACAUGUUCUCGCUUCAAAAUCUGGAGUCCAUCAUUCUCUCAAACAAUAAUCUUUCUCUGAGAGACAAUGUCGAUGCCAACCUCACAUUACCCAAACUAACUUAUUUUGACUUGUCUUCUUGUAACUUGAGUGAAUUCCCCAAUUUCUUAAGACAUUCAGAUGGUCUGCAAAGCCUACUGCUAUCAAAGAGUAGCAUUCAUGGCAAUAUUCCUAAAUGGAUAUGGGAAAAGGAUGAUCUCAGAGUUCUUGACCUUUCUCAUAACAAUUUAGGGGGGAAAAUUCCAAAUUAUCUUCCUAAGUCUCUCUCAGUGCUGAAUUUGCAGGGCAAUAACUUUGAUGGAACUAUACCGUUUUGGUUUACAGAGAGCUGUGAAUUAGAAAAUCUCAACUUGCAUGGAAAUCAAAUGGACGGGCUAUUACCAAGGUCUUUGGUGAAUUGUAGCAUGUUAGAGGUUCUAGACGUUGGCAACAACAACAUAAAUGAUACAUUCCCUCAUUGGUUGGAAUCUCUACCACAGCUUCAAGUGCUUGUCUUAAGGUCCAACAAGUUCCACGGUUUCGUGGAUAGCACCAAAGAAGGUCCAUCUUUUCCCAACUUGCGAAUUCUGGACCUCUCCAGCAAUUAUUUUGUUGGUGCUCUGCCUAUUCGGUACAUUGAAAAUUUUAAUGCAAUGAUGGACACUCAUAGUGAUGACAGUUUUCCUGAAUACAUGACGAUGAGCAAUGGUUCUUAUCAAUAUUCACUGGUAGUGAUAAUCAAAGGAUUGGAGUAUGAGCUGCAGGGAAUCUUGACCAUACUCACUAGCAUUGAUCUCUCAGAAAACAAGUUCGGAGGAGAAAUUCCAGAUGUAAUUGGAAAGCUUAAUUCUCUCAAAGGGCUUAAUCUUUCUCAUAACAACCUUACUGGUCCCAUCUCACAGUCACUAGGGAAUUUGACAAACCUCGAGUGGUUGGAUCUCUCUUCCAACGAGCUGGUAGGGGAAAUUCCGGAUGAGUUGUUAUCUUUGACACAACUUUCCAAAUUAAAUCUUUCAAAUAAUCAUCUUGUUGGACGCAUACCAAAAGGCAAACAGUUCAACACCUUUGGAAAUGAUUCUUAUGAAGGAAACCUUCGACUAUGUGGAUUCCCAUUGUCAAAAUCCUGUGAUGGAAUUGGGAAACUGCCGAGCUCCUUCCAAGAGAAAGAUGAGUCGUGGAGAUUUGGCUGGAGAGUUGUGGCGUUAGGCUAUGGGUGUGGAGUUGUUUUUGGACUGCUGAUGGGAUAUCAUGUCUUCCGUACAGGAAAACCAAAAUGGUUUGUGUCUUUGUUUGAUGGCCGACUAAGUCAAAGUCGAAGGAAGACGAGGAAAGCCAGAAGAGUUGUUCCAAGAAGAAGCUAGUUGCCGGGUUGAUGUUUAAGACCUUUUGAUUAAUGUUUAAUGAAUAAGUACUGCUUGGGUUUGAAGCUCUUGUUUUAUUGUAAAAUUACAUGUCUGUAUAAAUAAAUAAAUAUAUGUCGUUUUG